CAUGAACUUUGCUGGACUCCAGGAGGAGCUCGGCUCAACUACCAUGCUGAGAUUAGCCUGUACCACCAGGCUGCUGCAGGCCCCUCUGAGGGGCUGGGUGGUUCCCAAGGUGCACAUCUCUGCCAAGCCAGCCCGGACGCCCACUUCUCCCAUGGAGCAAGCCACUGGGCUCUCUGUGCUGUUCCUCAGCUUCCUGAUUCCUGCAGGCUGGGUCUUAGCCCACCUGGACAGCUACAAGAGAAGCUCUGCAGCAUGAAGGCUCCGCAGCUCGGGCUCCAGGCACAGGGCCAAUGGCCCCAUUAAACCCCUCCCUCCACCCAGUGUUCACUUGGUGGUUGUGUCGUUUGUGUACAAGCACCUCCCCCACCCCGGACACUCGGCACUGGGCUGAGGGCUGCUGGCUGGGGCACCGGGGCCCCAGAUGGCCCUGGCUGGGUGGUAGUGGGUGGACACCAUGUCUGA